AUGUCCAAUAUGCAAGAAGAACAAGCUAUACACAUGGUGCCUCCCAGUGUGCCUCAACAAAAACACGGGAGUAAAAAGCUUCGGCUCUUUGAGUAUCUUCACGAAGCUCUGCAUGAUCCAGAUUUAAUGAAUUGUAUCCAGUGGGUGGACAAAUCUAAUGGUGUAUUCCAGUUUGUUUCUAAAAACAAAGAAAGGCUCGCAGAGUUGUGGGGCAAGAAGAAAGGAAACCGUAAAAUCAUGACUUACCAGAAAAUGGCAAGAGCCUUAAGGAAUUAUGGCAGGACAGGAGAAAUACUAAAGAUCAGAAGAAAGUUAACAUACCAAUUCAGUGCUAUAGUUUUACAAAGGCUUUCCCCAGCAUGUUCAUCGGGAAAGGACAAUGUGUUUUACCAGUAUAUUCAGCCUGGAGUAGAAUACUGGAGUAACCAUGAUUGCUGGGAUAACAGCAGAUUUGUGUAUAACAGUGGGUACCAGGUCUACCCUCAGUUUAGCUAAAUGAAACAUUAUCAUUGUAUUCUUACCUGACUGGGAUAAAUCAAGGUAACCAAAAAAACAAUU